AUGGGAGGACUUCAAAAUUGCAUGGCCUGCAUUGCGCUGGCGGUUUUAGCAGUUCUACUUCCAACCACGACUGCUAGGCACGACAAUAGAUAUCAAAUCCACCAGUUGAAAAAGAAUCAUAGCGUCUUGCGCCACCCAAAACGCGAGGCUACCUGCCAACAAUCAGGAUUUACGCUAUGUCCUGCUUCCGCAGACGGUGGGUGUUGUCCCGAAAAUUAUGCCUGUGCCAUAUCGUCCUGCUACGCCACAACGGCGGGACCUACGUCCGCAUGUGGAACAUCAGGAUAUUAUAACUGUCCACUUACAGCUGGUGUAGGGGCCUGCUGUCCUGUGGGUUUUCUUUGUGGACGCGACACAGAGGACUGCUUGCCGCCGGCCGGAGUAUAUUCGCAAUCAUGUCCAUCAUUGUGGUUUGGUUGCGCAUCUUCUCUUGGGUACGGUUGUUGUCCAGACGGGAUGAUCUGCGGCGAGGCCACUUGUUAUGGGACCUCCCUUAAAACGCUUCCAGUAAGCGAAACGGUAACCACUACUAACUCGAGGGGAAAUACUAUUACGACUGUGGUCACGAGCUCUUCUGUCAUUUCACCAGGUCCAGAUCCAUCGGAUACAUCGUCUGCUGCAGUUGGUGGUGUGGCAAAAUUAGUUCCUAGUACCGUCUCUAAGUUGCCGGCUAUUGAAACUGGUGGCGGCGAUGGUAACGGUGGUAACAGUGGUAACGGCCUCAGUCAAGCACAGAUUGGCGGUAUAGUUGGGGGUGCUAUCGCAUUUCUAGCUAUCAUAAUCGUCAUCGCCGCGAUUAUUAUAUGGCGGCUUAGACGAACGGAGAAAGCUGCCAAAGCCGCAGCAAAGUCCAGGCACGGGAACUCCAACGGCGAACCGCACUCGCAGAAAUCGGGUUAUGGACAAUUGUCAAUAUCAGAAGUCGACGGUACAGAUGUGGAUUCUCUUAGGCGAACCCGGAACGCCCACUUUCGAGCCCGAUCCGACUCGUCCACUGCUGGUGAGCAAUCCCGUUCGGAGACGCCAAACUACUAUGGCUCGAAUGCUUCCACGACGCCGCCUGCUUGGCCCGGAUAUUUCCCCCAGAUUCCAAGAUCUGACGCCGCAUCAGACGGUCGCCAGUCAAGUCUAGAUUCCUAUGGCGCACAUCACGAUAACGGGUACUUUCCCGCACGACCCAGCGUCGACUCAGAGAUACCUCGUACGCACGCGCGCCAAUGGAGUGACGCAAGCGAAUUAGACGGCAGUAUCGUCGGUGCGCAUGGCGUAUCAGAAUUAGGCAGUCCUGUCGCGCUCGAGGCGGCAAGACGACGGUCUAACAGCUCAACGCGCCCUCCUAGGGCCCAAGUCAGACGGUCCAGCGACCCAUCUGGGAACUCACGAGGGACGCGCGGCGAGGGCGUAACACCGACAGCAACCAAUCUAGGAACGCUUGCCGAGAUUAGCGAACUACAUGGAUAUUAUGGAUCUCCAGAUAUCGCAGUUGGGCAGACUGCUGCGAGGCUCAAUAAAAAGAAUUCAGCUAUUAGCUCAUCGCCGGGGUACGACACAUAG